AUGGAGACGACAGAGGCUGGCAUGACCGCCUUCGCACUGCCGCCAGCUCCCCGUUACCGCUUCCUGAUCACAGUUACCGCCGACAAGGUCCAGCUAAUGCUUGAAGACUGCAAGAGCAAGAUGCAGGCCACUGGGUUUCUCGAGCAGAACGAGUACCUGACACGCACCAACACAAUCCCAAACGCCUCCGUCAAUGACUACGUGAAGAUAUUCAAGGGCGCCCUGGACUACUUGCCAGGAGACUGA